AGCGCUGCGAACGCUCAUGCGCAGAUAGAAUAGCAGCAGUCGUAAUGAUGUUGGACGAUUGUGUGUAUGCUGACGAUGUGUGCUCGUCUAACUGACAAAUUCGACCUUUCACUCAAAAUCGACACCGUUUGGUGAGCUGUGAAGCAAGUUUCCAUGGCAACCAGCGAGGUGGCGAUGCCGUCUGCUCGCAGCAGCAGCGGCGGUGCGGCUGCCGGUGAAACUCUGGCCUCGGCGGUCAAGCUGGAAGGUGCGAAAGGGGACAGUGCUGCCCCUCCCCGACCGCCAUCGUCCAAGUCGCCGGAGCGGCCGUCAUCCCCGGAGCAGAGCUGCGCCAUCUGCCUCGGUCCACCCGAGAACAAGUCGUUCACCGACAGUUGCUUCCAUACCUUCUGCUUUUCAUGCCUUCUGGAAUGGUCAAAGGUGAAGGCCGAGUGCCCGCUGUGCAAGCAGCGCUUCAAGAGCAUUGUCCACAACGUGCGCUCUUUCGAAGACUACGACCAGUACUUCGUGCACAACAAUGCUCCGCAGGCAUCUUCGACGGCGAGCGCCGCCGCAGCAGCGGCCGCCAUGGCUGCAGCCACCUCGCGUAGCUCCGCGCUGAGCAGCGCUUUGCUGCUGGCCCACCACCUUGUCUACUCGCCGAUGCUGCUGACGUGGCACUCGAGGCCGCGCCGCCAAUCGGUCGCGCGGUUAUCUGCGCGUGCCAGAAGGCUUAGCGCCGUACGGACCAGGUCAGUGUGAUGUCCUUAUGGCCCUUCAGGCAAGUCUUGUCUUAGGGUGGUGAUAGCCUUUGUAAGUGUGUCUGCUGCUGCAAUCUGGAAUGGGGAGAACUUUUCACUAAAUUUAGCCACAUGGGAUACAAAAUGUCGGGAGACCACUUGCACAGGCUACGUUGCUCGCAGUUGUUAGCAGGGUGCG